UAUGCGAAGUGUUGCGGCUGUUGUUGACAGUAUAGUUUUUAAUUAAAGAAUCAUAAUGUUAUACCGAAAUAAUUUCUCUUGUUUAACUCUGAUCAUGUAAAUAAAAUUAAACUUUAAAUAUGCAGUAGUUAAACUCAGACAUCUGUCGUCUGCACACACAACAUGAUGGAUAUUUGGUAUAUUUUAAAAUGUUUUAACAAUGGGUGCUGAAAAUGAUGAACUGUUCGUAUCUUCUGGAGACUGAGUACAUUCCUACAAUGGAAGAAGCAGUGGCAGCUUUAGGAGAACUGAGUAUAGGUCUAGUGAUUUUAGGUGGAAUUGUGACUACAGGCAUGUAUUGCAUAUACAUAGAAGAAUUAGUUUAUCUGUAUCGUCACUGGCCUGUUAAAUUCUUCUUUCUGAAACUUGGAUGUCUCAGCAUCUUUCCUAUUGUUGGCUCCUGCUUCUUCCUAAAUCUAUUGGUCCCUCGUGCUACUGAAUAUACAACAACCACAGUUGUUCUAUGCUUACCUGCACCAUUAGUAUUGUUCUUCUGGGUAGUAAUUGGCUAUGCAUCUAAGGAAAGGCAUUUGUUGGAAAGGUUAGAGGAUAAACUGAUUCCUCUGCGAGGUCCACCGUGUUGUUGUGUGUGUUGGUGCUGUCCUAAAUUACCAUUUUCAAAGCAACGCUUCAAAGUAGUUAAAGCUUGUAUAUACCAGUUUUUUUUAACGCCAAUAGUCUUAUUUAUUAUUGCUACAGUUUGUUCAAAAUUUGGUGUAUUCAAAGAAUUAAAGUUUGUGCCAGAUAAUGCUGCACCAUACCUUGUUGGUCUGAACUUUGCAUCCUUCUUCAUUGGAGUAUAUGGAUUAGUUAUCUUCAUGAAAACUACUUCAAAACUCCUCUCAGGAUUCCACAUUCAAGGCAAAUUUCUCUCCCUGCAACUUCAGUUCAUCCUUGUUCGUUUUCAUUUCUUUACAUUUGACACGCUUGGCAGACUGGGGUUCUUUCCUUGCCAUCCACCUGUUUCUUCUUUAAUGACAGCUUUGUAUAUUAGAAGUGCCUUGCUUUUGGGAGAAGGCUUUAUUUUGUCUGUAGUUGGAAGAUUUUUUUUCCUUCAUGCUCCUCCACCACAUUUCAUGAGCCCAGAAACUUCUCAUCCUAUCAACCAGAGUACAUAGAAUAUAUGUAGAAAACCAUUCCGCUGUAAAUAUUUGUUCCAUUUGUUUUUUAAUUUCAACUGCAAGGUGUGAAGUUUUCCAUAUUUUCAGAAUGUUACAUUUUGCUGAAUUGAAAAUUUUAUUUUUUUAGUAUGUUCAUAUUUUAGAUAUUAUUUAUUUAUUUAUUGUUUUGUCUUUCUGAUGAGUUUUUUAAAGGGGGGCAGACUUCAGACUGAAGUUGAUUUUAGCUUAAUUGUUUUCAAAUUCAGAAUGUUUGUCUUUACAUGGUUAUACUUCAUUUGUAUAAAAUGAAAUGUUUUUAAUAAUUUGUCAAUUUCAACUAUAUUAAUAUUUUUUCUUGUCCCAAAUUAUAAUUUUAAGUUAAGUGAAAGCUUAAAAGCUUUAGUAAAAGCUAAAAAUUAAAUAAUCCAGACUAGAGUGUUUCUAUAAAUUUGAGCAGUAUGUAUUUUUUAAAAUCUUGAGUAAUUUUAAUCUAGGUUAUUGGACAAAACUAUCUGCAAAUGAUGUGCAGGUAAAAUUUUGCUGAAUAAUAAUUUGGUAAUAAAUUUAUGAAUUAAUAUAAUUGAUCUCCAAGCAGCUUUUUAUCUUGAAACCUAUCAGAUAUUCUUAUUUCUAUUUUGCUUUCAUUCUGCUCUCUUUAUUGCUAAAUGCAAGGUUUUAAAUCCUGUUUGUACAUUAGGCAGCCCCACCCUAAAGCAGCUAACAUUUUUUAUUGCUAUUUCCAUGUAGUUUUUCUCUCUUUUAUUCCAUACUGUUUUCUUAAAAUAUAUACUGAUCUCUAGCAUGGACUUAGAGUUCAAUUGUAGGAAUAUAAAACUUAUAACAUUCUCAAUAAUAUUUAACCAUGUUAAAAAUUCAUCUUUCCUCUCUAGAGAAAUACUUUUGAUAAAAGCAUUUUACUUUUCAGAUAUGAUUUUUUUAUGAUUGACUGAUUUCUUUAUUAGUUGUCUAUUUUACAAAUAAGUAAUGAAGAUGAUUUUUGGCUAAUUAUGCCAGUAACUCAUCAAAUCAUAAUUUUGCAAGGCAUUUUUUAGAAGAAAUUCAGGUAAAUUAGGGAUAUCAGGCAAAAAUACUUUAACCAUUGUCUUUCAUUUGCAUCACUGUAGCAAAUAUUAAGCAUAAUUUCUGUUUUUUACUUUAUUAUUGUAUCAUGUUUUUAUUUAAAAUAUAGUUUGUGUUAAUAUUGUAUUUAUUUAUUGGAUGUUAUGGAUAUAUAAUUUUUUGUGACGUGGAAACUGCAUUCUUUUAUUGAUCAUUAGCAGAUUUUUAUAUUAGUCUUAUGUGUCUGCUGGGUGGACAUUGUAUUAUAACAUUUCUUAACUCUUAUAUGUUGUUCUGUUUGAUACACUAUCUUUGUUUUCAGUGUAUUUAAAUAAAAAGAUUAUUUAUAUGUGUUCUUGGAAUGGGACAUACGAUUGUUAAAUUGCAUGCUGAAAAAAUAUAUAUAUAUAUUUUUUCAGCAUAUGAAUAUUUAUAUGUAAAUAAAAUUAUAUGUAUGAAUAAAUAUAUCAUGUAUUUAAUCAAAGAGAUUUUAAAUGGUGCAACAAAACCAUUGAAUUUUAAGUUGCAUAGGCCUUUUAUGAUAAAUAUUAGCAUUUAUUAGUGUAACAUGUAAGCACUUUGUGCGUUUGGAAAUGUGUUUUGAAUGUCUGGAAGUGUGUUAGCAUUAAAGUGUCGAUUAAUCAUAUCAGUUAAGCCCAAAUUAGCCAGCCAUCUUGCUGAUCCUGUAUUUUCUAGUAGUUUAACAUAUUUCAUAUAUUAUUUAAAUCAAGAAGAAUUUUGAGUUCUUCACUCCUUGCAGCGGCAUUAUUUGUGUAUUUCACUUUUUAUUCCUUGUAUAAAAGUAUGAUUAUAGAUUUAUUUUGCUGUAAGUAUAUGUUUAUUUUAUAUGCUCCUUCCUUCCCAACAGUAUAAUUUGCAUACUUGAUGGAUUUUUUUUUCUAUGUUAACAAUAAAGGCAUUUUGUACUGAGGAUUUCAGAUUUGUAAUACCACUGUAAAAUUAUGCUAUGCAAAUACUUAUAACAAUUGCCCAUUAAUUUAUCAUAUAAAUAAAGCUAAAAAUAUCUCAUAUUGGUAUUUUUAAGAGAAAAAUAAACCAAUCUUCUGUAUAAUUAAAAAAAAAAAUUAAGUUGCUCAUUUAACUUGUCCUUUAUCAGUUUCUUCUUGUCUUUCAAAAUAAAAUGAAAGAAAGUUGAGAAAACAUUUGCAUUUAUUACUCAGUGUAAAAGCUUGUAACCCUUUUUUAGUGUAUUACUGAUAAAUAAAAAGCUCAAUGACAUCUAAAAUGUUAAUAUAAUUUAAAUGUUCUGCAACAGAGGGAGAGCCAUACUGUGUUCAUUUUAUAAUUUCAUUGUAAUGAAGUGAUUAUCAUGUAUAAUAAUUAAUGUAUGUAAAAAAAUAGCUGUACUAUAGAAUGCUAAUUAUGCUGUAUAGCCUUACUGCAGCCGAGCUAUGAUUUUAGUAUUACAAAAUAAUCAUUUCGUAUUGCUUCCAUAGUAAAGAUUUUAAUUAUUUAAAAAUAUAGUGACUUUUUAUAAAAUUUCCUGUGCACACUUAAAAAUAUGGCAAGUCAACUGAUGCUUAGCGGCUAGUUAUGAUGCUGAACUUUGCAUUCACUGACAUGUAUAUUCACAAUGUAUCUAUAGGCUGUAAAAAGCUUGGUAGAAAUUCUAUGCCAAAUUCAGCAUGGGGCAAACAUUGUUAAUUGUGCACUUUUAGCAGAAAGGAAAGAAUAUAGUGUUACAGCUGCGUGAAUGGGUAUGGAUUAAUAUAUAAAGGUGAAUUUACUUUAAGUAAUUUAAACUUCUGCUUUCCCUUUCUGAAAUUAAGGAAAAAUAGUUCUUUUCCAUGUUUAAAUAGUGUUAAUAAAAACUGUGUGGAAAUUUAUUAUUUUGCUCAUUAUUUUUAUUUUUUUCUCUGGACACCAUUUGCAAGUUUGAAAGCAAAAUGUCUUCCUUUAAAGCCUUCCUUUGCUUAAUGUUAUAAGCUCUGAUUUUUAAAAUAAAUAGGCUCAAUAAUGCUGUCUUAAAAGUUUUUAUUUUAUAUAAAAUGUAUAUAUAUAUGUCAUUUCUGUGCCAAAGAGUUGCUUCACAAAACCUGUCACUGAGGAUUUUUUUAACUUAUUUUAUUUAAGUGGCAACUAGAUAGCAUUUUGAGAACAGGUAACAUAGUUCAAAAAUAAUGUUAAGCUAUGUAAUUUUUAUUAAAAAUAGUGCAAUAUUUGUUUUUAGGUAUGAUUUUGAGUUUUAAUAUAAUGGAUCAUGCUCUCCUUUCAUAACUUGAUUCUUGUGAGUGCUAGUAUCUUAAAUAUGGCAUACUUUUAUAUUCUAUUUAUUUCCAGCAUGAAGUUUUCUGGUAUUUGCAGUCAAACCUAGGGCUUCCAUCUCAAACCUGGUAUUCUCGUGACAGAUCCUUUUACUACCUUGUAUUAUCUUUUAAGUUCCAUCCAUUAAUUUUGAUUUAUAAAAGAAGCUGUUCUAAUGCUUAAGAUGAAGUUAACAUUUUUCUAAUAUAUCAGAUCUGUGCAAAAUUUAUAAAAGUAUGCUAAUAACUGAGGUUUUCACUUUGUUCACUUUUAAAAGUAUUUCAUAGAAUGAAAAUUUACAGUUUUUUCAACCAAUUUUGUUUCUCUCUUGUGCAUGACUUUAAGUCUUUAAGUUAAGUAUGAAUUCUAGAAGCUGCAAAAUGCUUCACAAUCGGUGAUAUUCAAACUGUUUUUGCGCAGUUUGUAAUGACUCAUUUAAUUUCUGAAAUGUAAUGUUGCCUGCUGCAAACAUAUUUUAGUAAUCUCAAGAAGCUAAAAUGAAGCAAAAUUUAGUUCAGAAGAAGGGGGAAGAAAACAAGAUUUAUAUGUUUAUACUGUGCCUCAGAAAAGCUGUUUAGGCAAAAAACAUCUGAUUCCCUACUGGGUUUGUUAAUUUUUGAAUUGCUGUCAAAAUAGAGUCCUUAAAGGGCAGAUUUUACUGGUGGUAGUAAAUGAAAAGUAGUUCACAAGUGAAAGUGAGAACGCUUGCAUUUUUUUAUAAUGAAUUACUGAUGGUAAUUAUACAAAGAAAACUUUCCAUUGCUUUUCAUGAUUUUACUUUUAAAUAUGGAACAGUAGAUAUAACAGUCAUACAAAAUUACAUAAAAUCAAACAAAAAAUUCUAUUUAAAUUUCUUUCCACGUGAAUGUGAUAUUUUAAAGAAUGCUAGUUGAGAUAUAUUCAUAAUGAUUGACAUUAGUUCUUAUGGGGCAGCUUUGCUUCAGCUGGUUGAGUUUAAAAACUUUGUAUGUGCACUUUAUGUUAACAUAUGCCCUUUGAAGCCUUUUCAUAGGUAUUAAUUGUCAAAAUUAUUUGAAGAGUAUCAAUACAUCAAUGUAUUUCAUCAUUUUUAAUACUUGAUUAUCAUUUAAUGCCAUUAUUUUUAAUGGAGUAGUUAGGAUUGGUUAUAAACACUUUAAAAUAAAAUCUUGAAAAAGUGAUAGAAAGCACUAACAUUUGUUUCUACAUUUAUUGUUGUUCGCAUUUUAAACAAAGUAUUUUAGAGUCAAGAACCUUCUCUUAGUCUUUUCUCAUGCUUUACUAUUUUAAUAAUAGUUAUUCUGGUCAUUUGAGAAAAUUAUUUCAGUAUUUUUAUGCUAGUGUAAGUAUAGAUUUCCCCCUUCCUCUUUACAUACUAGUAUAAUUAUCCAAUAGAACUAUGAAAAUAAUACCUAAAUCUGUAACUAAUAGCCACUAGUUAUUAUCGAUAGACAUAAGGUUCAUCCAUCCAUAAAAGAAUGCUUGGCUAUUUUUUUAUUCAUGCUGGUUGUUUUCCCAUGUUACCUGAAUUCUACCAAGCUUCCUCCAUUUUAUUUUACCUUCAAAAUAGAGUAUUUUGACAAUCAGGAUAAGUAGUACAUUGUGCUUUUAGUCAAAUCAGUCAAAUUAGCCACUGCCUGUGAAUCUGGAUUUGUCAGGUUCUCUCUUAAUACUGACCCAUUUCCAGUAGGUAUAGGCACAUAGGUUAAAACAAAAAUAAUUGAUUGUUGGUAUUAAUAAUAUUAGAAAUGGAAUAUUUUAAUAAUAUGAAAUGUGCACUUUGGUGCUAUGUUAUCAGAGAUAUGCUGGGAGUUAAAUAUGUUUCCAAAGUAACUGGUGAAUUUGAAAUCAGUUUAUAUUUGUAUAAAACAGGAACAGAGUCUUAAGGAUUUAAUAGUUCACACUGAAGUCCUGCAGUAUAUCUCUGAAAUCAAUGGAAGUUCAUUGUUUAGUAUGAAAAUGGUCAUUGAGAAUAGGGUCAAGGUUGCUCAUAUUUUGCAGAUUAUUGUCUUGAAGGAUACUCGUAGGGAAAACAUACCUUUUUAACGAACAAAUUAUAUAUUAAAUGUUUUGUGUUAAAAUGUUUUUAAAUAUUGUGUAUUAUAAGAAGCUACUUGUUACAUUGCAGUGCAAGAAUAUAGUAUUUGGUUUUAUGUUCUUUCUGUUUUGUUAUUUUGUGUUCUGGUUGGUUUUAGAAUUUGAAAAUUUAUACUCAGUAUUAUUUUACUUUUUGCAUUCCAUUUUGAUAUUAUACAUCUCAUCUAAUAAAUUAAUAUUAGAUUUGUUUUAUUAAUUAACUUUAAUUAAUUAAUAAGAAAAUAUGUUGCAUUUGUCUGAAAAUUUGUUUUAUUAUUCCAUAUUGUUUAAAAUUUGUUUUCUAAAGAGAAAAUAUUUUUCAUUAAAACUGCGUAUUAUUGUCCUUGUACAAAAGUUGUAAAUACAUAACUCAGUUUCUAUGCAAGCUAUUUUAACUGUUGCACAUAAUCAGAAGUUUUAAUGAAAAAUACUAUCUACUUAAGGUUUUUAAAGUAAUUAAAAUAUGUUUUAUUUAUAAUCAUAUGUAUUUCUUUAACAUUCCAUGUUCAUUUUCAUGUUAUUUGUGGUGUAAUUAAAUUAUUUAUUUAUGAGGUUAAAGAAUUAGUAAUCAGAAUUUUAGGCAUUUUUAUUUGUUUAUAUAAUUUAUAUUUUUGUAUUCAUCAGUAUUAAUGUUUUUAGUUUGCAUUUUAAAAAUUGAAUAAGCAGCAAAUGAAGUGAAGCUGUCUGCUUUUACCUGGACUAAUUAUUAGGAGUUUUAAAUUUUUAACUAAGUGUUAUUUUAUCAGAAAGAAAUAGUUCAUAACCUGAGUGCUUAAGCAAUGGUAGAUGUAUACUUAUAAAUGUGAAAACUAUAUGCUUCUGAAUCUUAUACUACACUUCCAAACAAGUGCUAUGAUAAAUAAAAGAUUAUAUGAUAUUAA